AUGGAGGCGGCGGAGCUGCGCUGCACGGCGGCCGUGGAGCAGCCGCUGCCGGGGGGCCUCGCCCCGCGCCGCCGCCUGAUGCGGAACGCGACCGUGCUGCUGGGCCGCAACGAGCUGCGCCAGCCCGUGCUGCGCGUGGCCGGCGGCAGCGGCGCGGCGGCGGCGGUGCUGAGCUUUGUGCUGGCUGGGGACGCCGUGAGGGUCUUCACGCGGUUCGCGGGCGAGGGGCGGGCGGCGGUGCGGGUGGGACCGGACGGCGCCCAGGUGCUGCUGUCCGACUGCCCCCCGGACGCGCUGCGCCGCUUCCUCCGCCUCCUGCGCCUCAAGGUGGCCGCCGGGCCGCGGGAAGCGCCGCGCCGCCCCCGCCUGCUGGAGCGGCCGCCGCCGUCCUUCUCAGUGAUCAGCCCGGUGCAGGAGCGGGACCUGCUGGGCGGCCACGGCCGCGGCCAAGAGCGGGGGCAGCGCCCGGCGGAGGUGCCCCGCGCGGAGAGGCGGCUCCCGGCGAGGCUCUCGGCGGAGCAGGAGGCGGUGCUGGGCGCCGUGCGGAGCGGCAAGAGCAUCUUCUUCACCGGCUCUGCAGGGACUGGGAAGUCGUUCCUGCUGAAGAGGAUCUUGGGCUCCCUCCCUCCCAACAUCACCUACGCUACAGCCAGCACGGGAGUGGCGGCUUGUCACAUCGGUGGCACUACUCUCCACGCCUUUGCAGGGAUCGGCUCUGGGAAGGCACCGCUGGAACAGUGCAUUCAGCUGGCAGAGAGGCCAGGGGUGCGCCAGCACUGGCUGGCCUGCCAGCACUUAAUUAUUGAUGAGAUCUCAAUGGUGGAUGGCAAGUUCUUUGACAAGCUGGAAGCAGUAGCAAGGGCCGUCAGAAAACGGGAUGAGCCUUUUGGAGGAAUUCAGCUAAUUAUCUGUGGGGAUUUCUUACAGCUACCCCCAGUCCACAAGGCGAAUGAAGAAACCAAGUUCUGCUUCCAGGCAAAAAGUUGGAGGAAAUGCAUCCACAUAAACAUGGAGCUGACUGAAGUGCGGAGACAGACUGACAAGACCUUUGUCUCAAUUCUGAGUGCAAUCCGUUUAGGCAGGUGCACAGAGGAGGUUACCAGACAGCUGAUGCAGACAGCUGCUCACAAGUCUGAGCGUGAUGGGAUCCUUGCUACGAGGCUGUGCACCCAUAAAGAUGAUGUAGAAAUAACCAACGAGAGACGCUUGCAACAGCUCCCAGGAGAAGUGCAUGUGUUUGAGGCUUUGGACAGUGACCCAAUGCUAGUGAAGUUAAUUGAUGCUCAGUGUCCUGUGGGUGGUAGAGUUGAGCUAAAGCUUGGAGCUCAGGUGAUGUUAGCAAAGAACCUUGAUGUGUCUCAAGGGCUGGUGAAUGGGGCACGAGGUGUUGUUGUAGGGUUUGAAAGUGAACAGAGGGGGCUGCCUAAGGUGAGGUUUCUCUGUGGGGUCACACAGCUCAUAAAGAUGGAGAAAUGGGUCAUCAAAGGACCAUCAGGAGUUCAUCUGAGUCGUCAGCAAUUACCUUUAAAAUUGGCAUGGGCCAUUUCCAUUCACAAGAGUCAGGGCAUGUCUCUGGACUGUGUGGAGAUCUCCCUGUCCCGUGUCUUUGAGAGCGGCCAGGCCUACGUGGCCCUGUCCCGUGCCCGGAGCCUCGCGGGGCUCCGAGUCCUGGAUUUCGACCCCAAAGCAGUGAGAGCUGACCCUGCUGUGCUGCACUUCUACAGGCACCUGAGGCACCACCAGCUUCCAGCCCAGGAUUCAUUACACACCUAUUCAGAUACUGAUGAGAAGGAGAACUGGAAAUACAACUGAGAAUGCUCUUCUAGUUUCUGUGAGGUGUCAGCUCAGCCUGCUGAGAUGCAGCAAUCUUGCUGUGUAUAUUUGAUAACACAAAGUCAAAGGAGAUUUUUUGGAUGUUCAUUCAGCUGACUCUAGAUAUGUAGAACUAUCCCCAUUUCACAUCUCUGGAAUUUGGAAGGCUUCUGCAGACUCCUUCAAGCCCCCAGCCCUGAGUACUCCUGUGUCACAAAUGCAACUCCAGCAAACAAAAUGACUGAACAAGGACGUGCCUGAGGGACAUUUCUACGGUUUUAGCCUGUCUGAGGGACCCACCUACCAUUCUCUCCUGCCUGCUAAUUGUAUUUUAUUAUCUGCACAUAUAGACUGAGGCCUGUGUGCCUUUAUUCAAGUAUACCACUGUUGAGAGACAGAAAGUGUGUCCUCUUUGCUUGGAUGGAUUGCUCACAGGAGCUGCUGACACAAGGGAAAGCAGUGCUAAAUAUCUGGAAUACUUGAUUUGCCUGCAAGAGAAGAGCUGUUCUUGCUGCCUGACUCCAGGAGUCUGCAUAACUUCUUCCACAAGCAGAACUGUCAAGAGUUGCACAUUGCCUGUUAUGCUGAUAAUAGCAUUUUUAUUAGUCUGUUGCAUACAAUGAGGUGAUUUUUUUUUUCUUAAUCUUUUGAGAUGAGCUGCCACUAUUUAAAAAUAGGAGGAAGUCCUACAUCUUGUACCCAUAAUUAUGGAACUAUAAGAACUGUGAAGAUUCAUUACCCCAUGAGCAAGAACGGGGUCAGAGGAGAUGAGUGCUGGUGGGACUCCUCUUGUUUAAACACAUGAGGCCCAUUCAGAUGGGAGUUUCUCCUGGAAAAAAUGUCUGACUAAUAAGGUGGAACUUGAGUGUGCAAUAGAGGAAUGGCUAAUGGUGAAGUGUGCUGUAACUUCACUAGUUUCAGCAGAAGCAGAGAUUAGCAGAACUAAUGUACUGUCUUCUUAAUAAAGGAGAAGCUUUGGUCUUUAGCUUUAAGCAAAGUGCUAAAAUACAAAGUAACUUGCAUUUCUAAAAAUGUUUUACAUAUGGGAAUAGCGUGAAAUAACAUCCAUCUGGAACUUGUCUCUUGCAGGGGAAUUCUCUAAAAAAGCCUUUGCAGUGUAAACAAAUUGAAGGCCAUUUCUUGGCAGCUGCUCUCCUUAAGGUCCAGGAAAGGAUGUUGGCUAGCCAGUGGUUAACAUAACAGAAAACAGACUUCAAUAGGAUUUCAAGAUGUAUUUUUUAAGUAAUUUUUUUUGUUUUCUUUUGGGUUUCUUUGUUUGUUUUGAUUUUUUUUUCUGGGCUUGAGAAGGUAGAGUCUUGGAGGAAGCAGUAGUAUAAGAUAGAAGUGUGACUAUUAUUCAGAGAGGUCCUUAAUGUAUCAGCACAUUGUUUCUUCAAAGAAGUUUGAUGGGGAGUGGAUGGAAGUACCUGGAGGUGGAGCUGGAGCACAUGGAAGCAAAUCCCAAAGCUUGUGCUUGGCCAGGGGGCUGGUUUCAGUUGGCACUCUUGUAGAUUUUUAAAGAUGAGAUGCUGCAGUAUAAUCAGGGAUUUAUGUUGCAUUGGACUUUAAAGUGUGGGACCUGAAAUGCCCAGAAUGCUAAAGUGAGUUUUACUAUUGGGAUAGGCAGCUAUGAAGAAUAUGCCAGGCAAGUCCAGUCAUUGACAAUAAAUUGAUUUAUUGAUGGAUUAUGUAAGAGCAAUAAGGCAGGUUCAAAUCCUUUAAUAACUCUUAAAAAAUUCCUGUACCUCUGUAAUUGCAAAACAAUUCAGUGUAAGACUGGUGAUUAUGUGCAAUGCAAAUAAACUUUUAAUUAUGAUCUUGUGCAGUGACUCACUUAACUACAGCUUUCAUGGACUUAGGGACUGAAAUCUAUGCAGUUGUAUGGCAGGGGUGGGUUGGUGCCAAUUUGAGAUAAAAUGCUAAACAGAACUUAAAGAUGAAAAGGCUAAUAUUUCAUUUAGUAUUAAAUCUAUGUGAAAUAUUGUGGAUACAUUGUCAGUGAUGGAACUGUGGAAGCAGAAUCACUGUGGCUUUUGAAGGGCUGGCAGCUGCUGUGAGGCCAAAAGGUGUCCAUCUGUGUAAACUCCGGGUGUUCUCACUUCCAGCUAGAGCAGAUAUAUGGAUGGGUGCUGAGUUUGAAAGCUGCUAUUUGAAUCCUAAAAGAAGCAGUUAGGACAAAUCUGAGCUGACAGGCUCUGUCAUGGCUCCCCUUGGGUUGGGAUUAUGAUGAGGCCUUUUUAAA